CACUUGGUAGAUCACCUUGUAAACAUCAAGCGGUAGUUGCUAUUAAAUAUCAUUCAGGAACAAUCGCAGAAGAUCCAACAUUUUAUGCAUCUUUGCGUGCACUAAUUGUAUCAGGAUUCAGUCAUAAUAAUGAAAUAAACCAUCAAAAUAUGAACACACUUAAUGUAGAUAAGCAAAAUACUGAAGUAAUCAUUGAAAGCUCCCAAAACAG